AUGGUCCAAUUUACAGUCAGACCAGGCCUGGUGAUCGAGACAGCCCUUAUAUCCCGCCUCCAGAAGCUCUUCUCCGACGUGGCCUUGCAGAAGCACUUCCGCAACCAAGUAGUCUACCUAACCGUUUAUCUAGAGCCCUGGGACAAACUACUCAGCGACCAUGACCUACUCGCCCGGAUCAGUAAGAUUCUCAAGGCCCUGCUCCCUGUAUCAAUCGACUUCGUGUCACAGGAAGACUUGCACGAGAUGUGUAUAUCCAUUCCCAUCUUCUAUCCAACUUCGGUCGAAGGGCCCCACGACCGCUAUCUUCCCGUGGUCAAUUAUUUGAGGCAGCAUGCGAUAGCGAAAGUCGAAGGAUGGGUGGAGGAUUAUCCGCGUAAUGGGCUGCCUUUCGCCCGGGAGAAGGUGUUCCGUCGCCGGGAUGCGGAGUAUGCAUAA